UUGGCCGAAACUAACACAAGUCGACGAUUUCUCUUCAAAUUAUAUUUGUUAUCGAAUUUAAACCGAAUAUUCAUUCCUAUCAUUGCUAUACCUCUUUACGCCACUUGUGGUCCGUGGUUUGUGGGCUAUGUGUUAGACGAUUACAUUGGCGUAUGUUUUGUGUGGGGAAUGAUUAUCGACGGCUCGUAUUUGCCCGGAGGUAUCACUUAUAUUCUCGGCACUUUAGUGCUGGUAUUACUCCAUACGCCGAUCACUCUAUGUUUGGCUCAUAUCAUAUACUCCCGGCGCCAGCAAUUGUACGGAACCAAUAGCACCGGUUUUGUGGCCACUUAUUGCCAUUUAAGACAUUUCUUUUUCAUAUUCUUUAUCACUUGUCACAUACUCUUUUCGUUAAACUUUUACUUCGCGUACGGAUUAAUGGCAUAUCUGUUGGGCUUUUUCAACACGUGGUCGUACGUCGUGUACAUCAUAUUAUGGCACCAAUCGGUUGGUCUGAGCGCUCACUCAUUCCCGGAACCGAUUCGUCCGAAGUAUCGAAAGACCGUAGAGUUUGACGACAGAAAAGAGACCCAAAGUCUUACGCGACCGCCGAUUAGAAAAUGACCGCACAUUUGGCCCACAAUUAUAUGAAUGGACUGUUCGGGCGAUUGUGUGAUAAGCUAUUUAUUAGUGAAACAAACAAUUUAUACCGGUUUUAGCGUUCAGUUAAAGUGUAUUUUUGUUGCCUAUAAACGGGUUAACUAUAAAGUGUACUUUUAAUUUGAUAUUUUAGUUCAAUAGUAGUUUAUAUAAUGAAAUUUAGUUUAAUUGUAAUAUUUAUUUAGUUUACUUUUAUUUAAGUAAUUAUUUAUUGAAUACAUGACUGCAAUAAUUGCAAUUAUUGUUGAUUAUAACGCGAAUACAUUGUAACGC